AUGGGCAGUGGAGCAAGUGCUGAGGACAAGGAAAUGGCCAAAAGGUCCAAAGAGCUUGAAAAGCAGCUACAGGAAGAUGCAGAUAAGGAAGCAAGGACAGUCAAGCUGCUGCUGCUGGGUGCUGGUGAAUCAGGGAAGAGCACCAUUGUUAAGCAAAUGAAAAUUCUGCAUCAAGGUGGUUACACUAAGGAAGAACAAAUUGCAUUUAAAGCCAUCAUCUAUGGCAACAUCCUGCAGUCUGCACUGGCCCUCAUCAGAGGCAUGGAAAUGCUUGGCAUGAGCUAUGGAUUACCAGGAUCACAGGAAGAUGGUCAGAAAUUGCAGAACCUAGCAGACUCGGUUGAGGAUGGCACAAUGCCAAAGGAGCUGUCAGAUGUCAUCAAAAGUCUGUGGAAGGACUCAGGUGUGCAGGCUGCCUAUGAGAGAGCAGCCGAGUUUCAGCUCAACGACUCUGCUGGCUAUUACCUGAGUGACAUGGACAGAAUCUGUAAUGCUGAUUACAUCCCAUCAGAGCAGGAUGUGUUAAGGUCUAGGGUCAAAACCACUGGUAUUAUUGAAGAACAGUUUUCCUGCAAAGAGCUGCACUUUAGGAUGUUCGAUGUGGGGGGCCAGAGAUCAGAGAGGAAGAAAUGGAUCCACUGUUUUGAGGGUGUGACAUGCAUUAUCUUUUGUGGGGCUCUGAGUGCUUAUGACAUGGUCUUGGUAGAAGAUGAUGAAGUGAACCGCAUGCAUGAGAGUCUUCAUCUAUUCAACAGCAUCUGCAACCACAGGUUCUUUGCCAAAACGUCUAUUGUGCUUUUCCUCAACAAGAAAGAUCUCUUUGAGGUGAAGAUCCAGAAAGUCCACCUCAGCAUCUGCUUCCCCGAAUAUAAUGGUCCAAACACGUAUGAUGAUGCCAGCAUUUACAUCAAGAAGCAGUUUGAGGAGCUGAACAUGAAGAAAGGAGAAAAAGAAAUCUACACACACAUGACCUGUGCCACCGACACAAAAAACGUGGAAAUCGUAUUCAAUGCUGUGACAGACAUCAUCAUCAAAGAAAACCUUAAGGAUUGCGGUCUGUUCUAAAAAUAAAAAAGGCCACUUUUUCCAGAACGUUGAUCCUAUCCCUCAUAACUGAUUCCGAAGACACACAAAUGGUGUGAUGACAAUCACUGCUGCAGGAUGGAAAGAGUGGUCAGAUUCCCUACUUAAAUAAAUCAACAUAUUGGACAUGAAGGUUUCAUCCAAACAGUCGAGACACUCAGAAUCUUUCCAGUAUAGAUCCAAACGUUAUGCAGAAGAGUUCAAACUAUUCUAACUAGCAUUUGGUUUUCAGGUUAAAUCUGUUGGAACGGACUGGGAAUAGAUGUCUUUCUGUUUGAUAUAAAAUGCAAUAAAAGGUUACUAUCUAAGACACCCAUGAGACUUUUUGAUUAGUAAUGCGAUUCAUUUGUUUGAUAUACAGUGUUGAGGACUUUACUACUAAAGAUUGUCGUCAAUGUUAUCAGCAUGCUGUACAACACGUGA